AUGUCUACUACUCCAAACGUUCACUGUCCUGGCAUCGAUUAUCUCGUGGUGAUCGAUUUUGAGGCUACUUGUGACGAGAAUGCGACAAAUCCACAAGCUUUACAGGUGACAAAGGAAACGGCAGAGAUAAUUGAAUUUGCCUGGGUGAUUGUUGACACUAACACUUUGGAAGUGGUUUAUCAACACACUCAAUAUGUUAAACCAGAGAAUACUCCAUUGACCUCUUUCUGUACCAGCCUUACCAACAUAACUUGGGACAAGCUCGAACAGGCAGGAACUUUGCAGAAUGCUAUUACCAAUCUUGACAACUACAUUAAGUCUCGUAUUAAGAGUCAGAAUAAAACAUUUUGCUUUUGUACACAUGGCGCUUGGGAUCUUCGAAUUCAAUUACCUCGAGAGGCAAGGGAUAAGCAUAUCGAGUUGCCAACUUAUUUAGCUCAUUGUCGAUUAUUCGAUUUGAAACAGGAAUAUCAGAGAUGGCAGGUACAUCACCAGGAUGUAAUAUUAAAGAGUCAAUCUCUUAACGAAAUGUGUGAAGCCUUCGAUUUGCAAUUAGUUGGUCCACUACAUUCCGGAUUAGGGGAUUCGUUGACGAUGGUCAACAUUAUUCGCUACUUUUGUUCUUUCGGUCAUUCCGAUGUGUUUGUUAACCCAAUUGAUACCAACGCGGAUUUGAAUCAAUUUAAAAAAGAACAAUCCAAGGUCAUUCAUCUUGCGGGCUUACCAUAUGAUGUUACGCAACCCGAAUUAGAAGCAUGGUUUUCCGGCCAAGGAAUAAGGCCAACAUUAUUAUGGAUGAUUCGAACGCCCGAUCAUCAAAAACCGAGUGGGUCUGGAUUUGGAAUCUUCGCUACGCACGAAGAUGCCAUGACCUGCUUAGAGAUGAACGGUAGGACGUUGGGAGAUAGAGUCAUCGAAGUAAGUCCAAGUAGCGAAAGGGUAAUUGAGGCUGCGGGGGCUAUUUUGGCGUCGUUUCCGCCAGGCUCGGCCGCAAUCCCGAUAGUUGCGCCUACAUCAGAGAAGGAUGCACCCAAGAACAUUUCAGCUAAAAGUUUGGUUUAUUCUUCAUAUUUUACCACGAAAUUAUUGUUCCUGAAUCAGCUUUUCAAAUUAGAUUCCGCCCUGAAUUCUAAAACAAGAACUUGCAGAAAUCUGAUCAUACAUGGUUACUGCAAGUAUGAAGGGAAAGGUUGCGAGUUUAAUCAUGAUAUGGUAAGUUGGUAA